UCAAAGUUUAGUGCGAACUUUGAAAUGCACUCAAAAUUACCCAGUUCGAUUUGUUUUUCAGAUUGUCGAAAUUUCAAAAAUGGCAUCUGUAACUGUGUCCAAUUUGCAUGUGAAAUGUAGAAAUUCUCCAUACCCUCGCACUUCCGACAUACAAAGGUAUCCUGUUCCGGAUGAUAAAGUCAGUUGGAAUAUAUCUUGGGCUGAAUAUCAUCCGGUAGCAUACACAGCACCAGGAAUAUCUAAAAAGCCAUGGGCUGAUCCGGAUAAUCAUGAUCAAAAAUAUAAAGCUAUUCAGUUUAAUAAAAUUGAUGGGAUACUUGAUAGAACAAGUUUUAUGGGUCAAUACAAAUUCAGUACUGAUGGAUUACCAUUGAAUCCUUGUGGACGUACAGGAAUUACUGGACGUGGUGUUCUUGGUCGUUGGGGUCCUAAUCAUGCUGCUGAUCCUAUUGUAACACGGUGGAAGAUUGACAAUUCAGGUAGUCGAUGUUUAAAUAAAACUACUGGACGUCCAAUUCUUCAAUUUGUUUCUAUUCGUCGAAAAGAUUCUGGUCAAUGGGCCAUCCCUGGAGGUAUGGUAGAUGCUGGUGAAAAUUAUACUUCUACGUUAAAAAGAGAAUUUUCUGAAGAAGCAUUAAAUUCUACAACAGCUUCACCAAAAGAAUUAGAAGCAAUUGUAAAACGUGUUGAUGAUGCUUUUCAUCAUGGAGUUGAAAUAUAUAAAGGUUAUGUAGAUGAUCCACGUAAUACAGAUAAUGCAUGGAUGGAAACUGUAGCUGUAAAUUUUCACGAUGAAUCUGGCAAUUGUUUAGCGUUAUUUCCAUUAACUGCAGGUGAUGAUGCAGAUGCUGUACGUUGGACAGAUAUUAGUUCUGAUUUACAACUUUAUGCAAGUCAUCGUGAUUUUAUUAAAUUAGUUGCUGAAUUAAGAAAUGCACAAUGGUAACAUGAAACCAUGACGACAACAACAACAACAAGAAGAAGAAAAAGACAGAUAGAUGAUGAUUCCCUGAGACAUUGAUUUCUUUUUUUUUAUUUAUACUUUGCAUAUUCAGUAUAAUUUACAUCGAAUGAACAAUAAUAGUAUAUAUAUAUAUAUAUAUACGUUAUUUUUUCUUGAAAGAAAACUUAUUCUUUAUUCCAAAUGGAUAUUUUAUACACAAAUACAAACUCCCUCCACACACUUAAUUUAAAAAAAAUUUUUGUUGUUGUUGUUGUUGAUAGAAUACAAUUUGUUUUUACUUUGGGUAUCAAAAAACAAAAAAAAAUUUGUAAACAAUGCAUAAAUCUUGGAAUAGUUGAGUAGUAUUAAGGGUGGAGUGGGAAGGGAACGGAAGGUGAUAGGGAGAGGAGGGGAGGGGAAGAAAACAUUUUAUAUAAAAACACAUUGAUAAAUAGAAGUAAAA